CUUGAAUAGUUAUAAGUUCGAAUUAAAUUUAAAAAAAAAAUAGAUUUUUUUAAACCGAGAAUGUGGGGGGUCCCAUUAAAUGACCCAACUUUGUAUUUUUGGAGAUAGAAGCUUGGGAUUUUAGUUAAUAUUUUCCUUAUAAUAAACAUUCAUUGUAAAAAUUAUUAUUAUAAUGUAUCUCUCAAAAUCAUCGUUCAAAUACAUUUUACAUACUUUCGCAAUAUAUUAUAUAUCCGAUCUGAUACUGCCACUUAAUUGCAGGGGAAUAUCAAAUUCGACUCCGCCCAAAGUUAGCUAUCCUUUCUGUUUUUCUUUAUUUUAGUUCAUGCGAACUUGGAUCAGUAAGUAUACAUAUAUAUAAGUGUGCAUUGUACACAUAAAUUUGAAAAAUGUUUGUAUUUCUUAUCUAGGAGGAUGUUGUUAUCGAGCACUUCCUUUUAUAUACAACUAAAUGAAGAAUAUAAAAAAAAUUUUAAUAGACGCUGUCUGAAUCUUUCACAAAUUUUUUCAUAGUAGAAUUGGGGCGAUACUGUCUCAGUUCGUUAAAUUCAUUUGACUGUAUCGUCACGCAGAAAAAAGUAUGAUCGUUAACAGCGGGAAAUUUAUAAACUUUAAAAUUAAACACAGAACUCUGGCCAUCAUUCUAAUGUUUGUCUGGGAAUUUGCAUGGCCGUUGAGGAUUCUGGGCAAAUUAAACCCACAUUUUGAACUUGUUGACUGCCCCCGCAAUUGCGUCUGCCAACUUGAUUAUUUAAAGAAUUUACCAAUUGGACGACGCAGCGGGAGGUUCAGAAACUAUUAGAUGCACUUCCAUGGGAUUUACAAGCUUUGAUUUUAUUAUACACGGGGAAAAAAAAACAAAAACUGGCAGUGAAUUCCAGCAGCUUCCUACAUCUUAACCAUUUGAAAUCAUUAGAAUUUCGAGGAAUUGGAGCCACCUUUUUUAUUGAUGAGCCUCUUGAACAUCUCCUACAUGCUUAUUUUGAGGAUAUACAGUUGAAAGCUGGUGAAUCUUUGAUACUUCCUAACUUCGCUAAACUUCCAAACCAAAAAUAUGAAUACAAACCUCAAAUAGAAAUAUUUUCACGAAGUGAAUAUAAUUCUAUUAAGAAUGCAUUUAAUAUUGAAAAAAGUGCUGCACAGGUUUUAGUAUACGACCAACAUGUACAGCGUCAAAAGCAGGUCCAAAUGAUAAGCUUCUAUGGAUGGAGUCGUCUAAAAACCUUGCGGAUUCAUAAAUGCCAUCUAGAAGACCUGCACUGGCAAAUGUUUGAUGGGAUGGCUCAAUUGAUGCACCUGAGCCUGGAGGGAAAUGGCAUCAAAGAGCUUCCACCGUUUGCCUUUUCGGGUGCCCAAAAUCUUAAGAGUAUUUCAUUAGCCCAUAAUAUGAUACGAAGACUACAUUACUUGGGUUUAGCCGGUCUGCUAGAGCUUGAAAAUCUGCAGUUGUCGGAUAACUUGCUGGUUGGUUUAAACGAAGUAAGUUUUCCACCCUUACCCAUGUUGCAAAUAAUUGACUUGCGGAGCAAUCCAAUUGAGACCAUCAUUCCAGCAACUUUUUGGGUUAUGAAUGAUACAAAAGAAAUUCAAUUAGGGAGCGUUAGAGCGGCCCUUCAUCUGCAAACAUGGAAUUUUUUCGGACAGUUUGACUCACUUCAGAAGCUAAAAACUCUGGUACUUCGUAAUGUUUCCGCUGAAUCAUUAGAGCAGGGUGUAUUUAAAGGUCUUUAUGGCUUGGAAGUUCUCACAAUGCAUGGAAGAAUAAUUAGAAUACAGUUCGAUGUUUUCGCUGAAAUGGAAAAGCUAAGGGAGCUCGAUAUAAGUCACUGUAUGAUAGAGGAAUUAUCUAUGGACGCCUUAAUAGGUGCAAGGCGCUUGCAAAUGCUCAACUUAAGCUACAAUCAAUUAACUAGUGUUCCCCCUGGUCUGCUAGAUGACCAAAAAGAGCUUGAAGUGGUUCAAUUACAAGGAAACCUUCUGAAAUCUUUGCCAACAAGUUUUUUUAUGUUGCCAGCAGUUCUGGUGGUCCGCCUUGAUCAGAAUCCUUGGCAAUGUACUUGUCAGAUGAGAAACUGGGUAUAUCGCUUAACUAAUGUUGUGCAUAACCCUACUUCUAAAUCCUGCUCAAAAGGAAUUAUAAAACACAGUAACAUAUGCAAGAGUGUAAAAGUCUAUGAAAUGGACAAAACUCUUGUCCCUCGUUGCUCCAACUACAAUGGUCGUAGUGUCUACUACGUCCUACGAAGGUAUCUUCAAUGUAGGACUCUAAGCAACCACACAAACACUAACCCUAAUAAGAUUGACAAAAAAACUUUGCCAUAUUGGCGAAAAGUGGUAUCACAAGAAAAGUCGAGGAAAACGGUUACCACGAAUAGAAUGCAAAAUGAAACAUUAGCAAUCAUGGAAAAGCAGCCAAAGUGCUGAAUAAUACAUAAAGUUAAUCAAGGACUUUAAAUUUAUUUUUUGUAGUUAUGUAGUUUUAACAAAUAAAAUUUAAAAAAAAACUUA